UUCCAUAACAGAUUUAUUUGGGCUGAAAUGUUGAAUACAUUUUUUAUGGCAAGUAAUAAUUUCAACCAUUAGAGUUUCUAGAGUUUAUAUUCACAUGAAAUUCCUGUCUCUGUCAAAAUGCCGAUGAAUUGCUUGCUAACCUUCGAUAUUAAUUGUGGAUUCACAAACCCACAGCUACAAUCGUUUGGAAGCAUAUUGGAGCUGAAACGAAUCAAAGAAUCAUAACACACUCGACCAGGCAAGUCCUCCGAGUCCUCUCAUCAGAGUUUAGAUCAUUGAUCGCGUAGCCAUCAAAACGCAGCGGCACAAUUACUCCAUCCCUACCGUAUGCAGUAUGUAGUGUGUGUGUAUGUGUAUGUGUGUAGUACUGUCAACGUCAGGCAGUAAUAAACGAGUGCUACAUGAAAUGGAGCCGCAGCUGCCCUUCGAGUCGUCGUGGAUCUUCUCUGAUGUUCCGCCUCCCUGAACAUCCAGAGGAUUUAGUGUCAUUCAGGAAACAACAUGAACAAGAACUACAAAACUUGGCUGGUUCUGAUUUGUUCAGUUCAAUUGGUUCGUGGAGACUGCAACGCCACGGAUGAGCUUCACAGGUGCUUCCAAGGGGUUCAAAAUGUGUUCCUUAAGCCCAACUUCAUCUUCCCGACGUCUCAAGACGAAAUCGAUCAAUCUUGCAGCGAGACGUUUCCAAAAAUGUGGUCAGAGUUCGUCUCGUGCGUGACGAACUUUACCGAGACAUGCUUCAAAGGUCCGGAGAAGGCGCAGAUCCACCAAGCAGUGGGAAAAUCCAUCAACUCCAUUCACAAACUAUGCACAAACAAGGACAUGCAAGCAGACUACCACAACGUCUCAACUUGUUUGCGGAACAAAAUCUCCGAAAAUUCCCAAUGUGGCAUCCCUUACCAGAAGUUUGUUCAAGAUGCCAAUCAAGGAUAUGAACAUUUGUGCUGCUAUUGCCAGCCGUCCACCACCUCCACCACGACCACUACUACCAAAACCACCCCAUUAUUGCCCCAGAGGACCACCCAAUCGUACGCUUAUUACCCGGUCAGUCAAGACGAGGAACCCAAUGACGACAGCGACGGCGACGACGACGCAUCGGAUUUGGAGACCUCCACGCUUCCAAAGAACACAAUUGUCACCACAGAGACAUCAACGGCAGAGGAAGAAGAAGACGUAGGAGGGGUGGAAGAUUACGGCGACCUGUCGGCCACCAAAGCCUCUUUACCAACAAUCCAAAGUGCCAGCAGGCCGACAUUUAGAGCACCUCCCGGGCAAUUCCAGGAGCCCAGGUCUUUAGACGAAAGGCUAAAUUUAUUGAGUGAUGUCACCCCGGUGCCAAGAUCGGCGUCCUCCCCGUCGUCUUCCCCUUCUUCAGCUGGAUCAAGUUCCAAGUCACCGCCAACCUUCAGGGCGUUUAGUCUGCUGCUACAUUUGUUGAUUUGGUUCUGGGGGCGAGCGUGACCGCACAAGUCAGACGCAAUCUGACGUGAACUAUGAGGAAUGCUUGAAAACUUAUAUGAUCUGAUUCUUGUCUUGAUGUGAGAUAUAAAGAGUGAUUCUAUUUCUUUUUCUGUCUAAACUUGCGAGAAAAAGUUGAAGGUUCGGAA